AUGGAUGCACAUCAUGCCAUGACUGAAACUCAUCGCCAUCUUUUGCAAUUUUUGAUGGCUCACCGAUUUCAAUCGGAAGAUGAUUUACGUGAUAAAUUAGAGAAUUAUAAAUCGGAACAUCAGUAUGGGUUAUUAAUUGAAAAUAUGCGUUCACAGAAUGCCAAUGUACAAUAUGACAAAUCUUUGGAAGAAUUUAUCGGAACGAUUAAUAGGGCUCUUUCACUGCUACAUUUAAAAGUUGUCAAGACAAAACAUCCUAAAACUCGUAAAAUACUUUACACCAUUAUUAAUGAAUUGGAUGACGAAAUUUCUAAAUUAUCCACAAGAUUUUCUCCCGAUGAAUUGACCUUCUUUAAAACACUCGUUGAAGCCCUUGCAGAUGAACAAGAUAUUUCCAAACUAACGGCUAACAGCAAUAGACCAAAAACUCUGAGUAUGGAAGCAGCAGAUAUUGCAUUAGAUGCCUUCAUAGAAGAAGGUUGGCUUGAAGUAGUCAAUGGAAAGUUAGCACUGGGAAUUCGUUCGAUCACAGAUUUAGAAACUGUGAUUUCCGAGCUUACAGCAAUGGCAGACGAAGAGCCAACGGCAGAAGCUCGAGAUGAAGAAGAGGCAGAAGAAGAUUCCUGA